CAUGCAAAUAACAAGCCAUCUCAAUAUCUCACACACGUAUACAUUCACCUUUACGUACGAUUCUCCCUUUGCUUUUGAAAGAGAACUUACAAGUUGUCCAAACUCCGAAGAAUGAGUCAGUUCAGCCAAAAACAAUCUGCAGGAGCUUAUCAAACGCCACCAGCGUCUUCCAGUCCCUACGUUGCACCGCCUCCUGCCGGUUACCCAACUAACGACACAAGUCAUGCUACGAUGGCUCCGGUCGAGACAAAGUCUAAGGGUGAUGGAUUCUGGAAAGGCUGUCUUGCGGCCGUGUGUUGCUGUUGUGUCCUCGACGCCUGCUUCUGAUUUGAGAGGAGUUCGAUGGUUUAUUUGUUGUUAAUUCUCGUGCGAAUGAUUUGUAUCUUGCUUUGUUGUACCAUGUUUGGGAUUUGAGUAGUUUAUCACAUUUGGAAAUUUUUAUCUUUGAUUCUUAUUGUUGAAUUUAUCAUUUUUCAUAAAUUAUUUUCUUUU